AUGGGUGUGUUUAAUUUAGUGUUUCAUCAUGGGGGAAGUUUCGUGCAAGACGGCCAUACGUAUUAUAGAGGAGGUAGUGAGACUACUGUUGAAGGUCAGGACGAAGAUAAAUGGAGCUUUUUUGAAGCUGUUAGUCUGGUUAAAGAUUGGGGUUAUGAAGGUUUUAGGCUAUGGAGAAAGACUCCGCAAACGGAUGAAGGGUUUACAAAUGUUGUUGAUGAUGCAGGAGCUGUAGAAGUUGCUAAGCAUUGUAUGUCUUGUAGGGUUCACAACGAUCUUUGGGUAGAGCACGGUGUAGAAGACAUGAUGACCAAGGUUCUGGUACCUAAUGUUGAUGACUUCAGCACCUCUAGUGGAGAUGAUAGUACUGGUGACUAUGUUGAUGCAAGCCAGUGUUUCAAUGACAGUGAAGAGGAAAGAGUAAUUGACGUAGAAGAAGAGCAAUUUGAACAAGUGGAGGUAGCUGUUCCAGUUAGUGGGAAUAGGGUGGAGAUCGAAGGGAAAUCAUUUAGAUUCAAGCGUUGUGCAUCCAAGGAUCCCAAAAAGAUGAAAGAAAAGAGCAAAAGGGACAAGGUCAGACUUUUGGUGCCCAAAAGUGUCUUAGGAUCUUGUUCAAAGAGGGCUACAAGGAAAUGUGAAGAUGUGGAUUAUGCUAGUGAGGAACUUGAAAGUUCAGAUGCUGAUGAAAGUGACAUGGAUGACAAACCUUCCAAGCCAAAGAAGUGUCAAGCUAAGGAGCAAGAUCCUAAUGCACUAAAGAGAAAGAGAAAGACACCCAGGACCAAAGUGUCAAAAAAAUCUGAUGGGACUGUGGAUGAAGGCCCAGAGAUGGAUACAAAUGUUGAUACAACUGCAACUGGAGGUGGAACUGUGGAUGAAGGCCCAGAGAUGGAUGCGUUGCUGAAUAAUAUGAUGGAUCUUUAUGAAGAACAACAAUCACAAGUUGACAAUCACACACAACCUACUGCUAUGCAACCUCCCCCAACACAUGAAUCACAACCUGCUGCAAUGCAACCUCCCCCAACACAUGAUUCACAACCUGCUGCAAUGCAACCUGACCCUGCUGCUACUAAUGUAAAAAAACCUUCAGCUAGGAAAAAGGUCGUGGCCGUGCCUUGGAAGUGA